AUGUCGUCCUCAUCUUCGGCUGUUCAGGCCAAGGCCUUCCCCGAUGGCACAACCGAUUACGUGCCUCUGCGAGGCAAAAAGGCAGACGUCAACAAGGUUCACAUCUCCGAUACACCUAUGACCUGGUCAAACUGGCAUAAGCACGUCAACUGGCUAAACACCACAUUUAUUAUUUUCGUUCCCUUGGCCGGCUUCAUCUCUGCCUACUGGGUUCCCCUCCAUCUUUACACCGCCAUCUUUUCGGUUAUCUACUACUUCAAUACCGGUCUUGGUAUUACAGCUGGCUACCACCGUCUCUGGGCUCACACCUCAUAUAGAGCCAGCACCCCUCUCAAAAUUUAUCUCGCCGCCGUCGGUGCUGGUGCUGUCGAAGGCUCUAUCCGUUGGUGGUCCCGCGACCACCGCGCUCACCAUCGUUACACCGACACUGAGAAGGAUCCCUACUCCGUUCGCAAAGGUCUUCUCUACUCGCACUUGGGAUGGAUGGUCUUCAAACAGAACCCCAAGCGUGCUGGUCGAACAGAUAUCACCGAUCUCAACGAGGACCUCGUUGUCGUCUGGCAGCACCGGAACUACCUGAAGUGCGUCAUCUUCAUGGGCCUCGUUUUCCCUACCUGCUUCUGCGGUCUUAUGUUCAAUGACUGGCUUGGCGGGUUUGUGUACGCUGGCAUUCUGCGUAUUUGCUUCGUCCAGCAAGCUACUUUCUGUGUCAACUCCCUGGCUCACUGGCUCGGUGACCAACCCUUCGAUGACCGCAACUCUCCUCGUGACCAUGUCAUCACAGCGCUUGUCACCCUUGGUGAGGGCUACCACAAUUUCCACCACGAGUUCCCAUCCGACUACCGAAACGCCAUUGAGUGGUGGCAGUAUGAUCCUACCAAGUGGGCUAUCUACGCCUGGAAGAUGCUUGGUCUUGCCUAUGACCUCAAACAGUUCCGUGCCAACGAAAUCGAAAAAGGCCGUGUGCAGCAGUUGCAGAAGAAGCUCGACCAGAAGCGCGCCACCCUCGACUGGGGUACGCCUCUCGAGCAGCUGCCCGUUAUUAGCUGGGAUGACUUUGUCGCCGAGUCCAAGAACGGCAAGGCUCUUGUUGCUAUUGCCGGUGUCAUACAUGACGUGACCGACUUUAUCAAGGAUCAUCCUGGUGGCAAAGCCCUCAUCUCAUCCGCUAUCGGCAAGGACGCCACUUCUAUCUUUAACGGUGGUGUCUACACCCAUUCCAACGCUGCCCAUAAUCUCUUGUCUACCAUGCGUGUUGGUGUUCUCCGUGGUGGAUGCGAGGUUGAGAUCUGGAAACGUGCCCAGUUUGAAAACAAGGAUGUCACUUAUAUGAAUGACUCCGCUGGUCAGCGAAUUCACCGUGCCGGGACCCAGGUCACUAAGGUUUCUCAGCCCGUCGCCAGCGCCGAUGCCGCUUAA